GGCUCGGGAGCAACCGGACUAGCAGAGCUGCAUGUCCCGCCCACCGCGGCCGCUGAUUGGCUCCUAUCCCGGCUCAUGGAAGGCGAUCCCGAGCUUCAUUGGCCGUCAGUCUCCGGCUCCACACCCCUUCGGCCCCGCCCCGCCCUCCUCUGCCGACGUGGGCUGCAGGCCGCAAGCGGUUACCGUGCGAGCGAGCGGAGCGUGCGGCGGGCAUGGGCGGCCUGCGGCUGCUGGCCGUAGCCCUCACGUGCAGCUGCUGGUGGCCGCAGGGCUGCCAGGGCAAGACCCUGCGGGGCAGCUUCAGCAGCGCCGCGGCCCGCGACGCCCAGGGCCAGAGCAUCGGCCAUUUCGAGUUCCACGAAUCAACAACGUAGCGGCGGCCAUUGGAAGGGAAGCUAGACUCUACCUGUUCCGAGCCCAGGAGUGGUUAAAGCUGCAGGGAGACAGCCCGGGUUCCGGCUGCAGUGAGCGGCUCUCCAGAGCCCAGCUGACAGUGACAGUGAACCAGACUGAGCACAACCUCACAGUGUCCCAGCUGCCUGCUCCCCAGACGUGGCACGUGUUCUACGCUGACAGGUACACCUGCAGGGAUGAGGCGGAGAGGCCCCAGGUGGACGAUAUCCCCUUUGAAAUGGUGCUCCUCAACCCGGAUGCUGAAGGAAACCCACUGGAUCAUUUUGGCGCCAGAGAGUCUGGGCUGCACGAGUUCUUCUUUCUCCUGGUCCUGGUGUACUUCGUGACUGCGUGCAUCUAUGCGCAGUCCCUGUGGCAGGCUAUGAGAAAAGGAGGACCCAUGCACACCAUCCUAAAGGUCCUGACCACUGCGCUGCUGCUGCAAGCCGCCUCAGCCUUAGCUAACUACACCCACUUCUCCAGGUACUCCAGAGAUGGAAUAGGGGUUCCUCUCAUGGGGAGUCUGGCAGAAGUUUUUGAUAUUGCCUCCCAAAUUCAGAUGCUGUACCUGCUUCUGAGCCUGUGCAUGGGCUGGACAAUAGUCCGGAUGAAGAAGUCUCAAAGCAGACCUCUCCAGUGGGACUCGACCCCUGCGUCCACGGGCAUCGCAGUGUUCAUUGUCAUCACACAGAGCAUUUUGCUACUUUGGGAGCAGUUUGAAGACACUAGUCACCACAGCUCGCACUCCCACCACAGCCUAGCUGGGCUCCUGCUGAUCAUCUUACGAAUUUGCCUGGCGCUGUCACUGGGCUGUGGGCUCUACCAGAUCAUCACGAUGGAGAGGAGCACGCUCAAGAGGGAGUUCUACAUCACAUUCGCCAAAGGCUGCAUCCUGUGGUUCUUAUGCCAGCCAGCGCUCGCGUGCAUUGCUGUCCUUUUCAAUGACUACCAAAGAGAUAAGGUUAUCACAGUGGGUGUCAUCCUUUGCCAGGCCGUGUCCAUGGUCAUUCUGUACAGACUUUUCCUGUCCCACAGUCUGUACUGGGAGGUCUCCUCACUCUCCUCAGUAACACUACCACUGACCAUCUCGUCCGCACACAAAGGGCGCCCUCAUUUCUGAUGCUUUGGGUUUUGUUGAGAGAACAAAUGAGUGGAGACGUGCAAUAGGGUCCACCGCAGUGCCGUCCUGUCACGCCGAGGCGUGGAAGCGGAGCAGCAGAAGCAGCGCAAGCAGCGCCUUAGCUACAGAACUGGACGCCAGCGGCGUCGGCAGGAAGUAAGAAACGUUCCGAGUGGACUCCCACAGUGAGCUUCCCAGGAAGAAUGCUGUUUCAAGGUGACUAAAGCAGCUUCCAUGUGGAAAUAAAUGUGAAAAAGACGCUCAGAUGACACUUGCCAUGCCUCAGCGGUAGCAAACUUGGGCCUGAUCGUCUCACAGGCGUCACCUAAACAAUCCUUACCUGUGCCGGUCCAGCAGCCCAGGUGUGACGUCUGUGAUGUGCUGACUUUAAAACUGCUUCUCCUUAGCCUUUAAAGAACGUGCAUUUCAAAUGACAAGUUAAAGGACUUGAAAGUGAAAUUUCUUCAGGAAAUAAACAGGAAAUAUGUUAACAGUUAA